GAAAUGAAAGAAAAAAAAAAAAAAAAAAAAGAAUCAAAACACGCCAAACAGAAAAAUGGAUCUGUGUGAUUUGAAAAGGCAGCCAACAUAAUCCAUCAUCUAUCAUUUAUCAUCUACAACCUUGUCCACCAACCUCAUCAUCAUGGCAAAACUAGGAUCUGAGAUUCCGUUGCAUAACUAUCCCAACGAUAAACAAACAUCAACCAUCGCAUCCUCAUCAGCUACUACCACUUCUAAAGCCACCAUUACAUCAGUCACCAAAAACUUUUUAAAUUUAGAAAAAUCAACUCCAUUAACCACCAUUGAUUCCAAUAAUUCAAAUGCUAACUUGGAUAUUCACUUCAAUCCUAAUGGGAAAUACUUAUUACAACGUUUGAUCAUAAAUCUUGUUAUUGAAUCAAUCGUAUCUUUAAUCAUAUAUUAUAAUUAUCCCACUUUAACUUCCAUACAUUACUUUUUAGGUCCAACUUUAUUAGGAUCUUCUACUGCUGCUUUAGCUCAAUCUAUAAAUCAAUAUAUUAAAAAGAAAUAUAGUUUAAAUAAAAUCUUUAAAUUCAUGGUAUGGGGUCUUUUAAAUGGGUAUUUCACUGUAUUAUGGAUCGAUGUCCUUUUCUUUAGAAUUGAUAGUAAUUUAUCAAGAAUUAUAGUGGAUCAAUUCAUUGGGGCUCCAAUCUUUCAAUUAAUCUUUAAUGUAUUGAACUCAUUAUGGGAUACUGGUGAAUUAUCAGCCAAUACCAGAGCUGCAUUCAUAAAAUCUUUGAAAUAUAGUUAUUGCUUCUGGCCAAUAUUUUCAAUUUGUCUGUUUGUAUUCAUUCCAAAAUCAGUAUUAUUCCCAGCUAAUUGUUUAGCAAACUUAUUAUGGAAUGUAAUCUUAAGUAAAUUGGCAUGAUUCAUCCUUACCUUCCUUCAUUCUGCAUCUUUAAUUCUACGUUUUAUUAA